AUGACCCAAAACAUUGAGCCCAAACACUCCGUAAGAGACCAAGAGGAUGAGAUCGACGACGAUGAUUUGUUGAAGGCCUUGGAGAACGAAGAUGACUCUGACUAUCGGGCCCGACGUAUCGAACAACUCAACGCCGAGCUUGCAUCCGCCCAAAACAACCGGUCAAUGGGCUCUGGCCCUGGCCAAACGACAAUCAUCCAAGAUAGCCUAUACCCAACUCUUGAAAGUGACCAGAUAUUGCUCAACUUCACAACGGAUACGCAUCGGUGUGUGAUCCAUUUUGCACACCCUGAUUUCGCACGCUGUGGCACCAUGGAUGAACAUAUGCGGGCUUUAGCAACACGGCAUUACGAUGUGCGCUUUGCCCGCGUUGAUGUUAGGGAUACUCCGUUCGUGGUGGAAAAGCUGAAGAUACGCGUUCUCCCUUGUGUGAUCGGGUUUAAAGAUGGAAUUGCUGCUGAGCGUAUAGUCGGCUUUGAAGGCCUUGCUUUGGGCGGGCGUGAUGGGACCGACAGCUUCAGCACGGCAACUCUUGAAAAGAGGCUGUUAUGGAAAGGAGUUCUAGUGCAGGCGAAGAUUAAUGAUGGUAAUGAUGACUCCAGUUUAUCUGAUGCAGAUGACGAGGUUGAGGACGACGGCAAACGACGAACUCAUGGAAAAGGGGCCAUCCGCGGCGGGGGGGCACGGUAUAGCAGGGACGACGAAGAUGACGAUUGGGAUUGA